CUCACAUUUAAUCAUUUUCUUCAUUUUAAAGAAAUACAAAGACAUUUUUAAGAGUUGGGAAUAAUGGAAUUAUUUAUUUAUUCACAGCAAGAACUCCUCGUAAGCCAGCAUCCACACCAACCUCACACCAGCUGCAAUUUAAGGUCAGCCGCAUUAAUGUUCUGGUUGAAAUUUCCAGUGUGACGCACGUAAAGCAGCAGAUAGCGCGUGGCGCGGAGCCCCCACCCUGCCCUGGCUGUUGUCCGAUAACGCAGAGGAGGACAACAACACGCUGAGACCUUACCAUCUCACCUCGCUUUCCUUCGCACAGAAGGAAUUAUUACUUCAUCUCUUUUACUCACCAUCCGCUUCUGCGUUAAAAUGGUCGAUUGACCCCUUUUACGCGCAUAUUUGUCGCCUGUUGUGAGUCUGCGACCUCCGCUCAUACACUCUGGAUAUAGAGCUAGAGUCAAGUUAAAUAGGCUGCAAUGCUCUCAAAGAGUGAGAAAGAGCUCAUUGCAGAAAUAUGGGGAAGACUGACUCCUGUGGCAGAAGAUAUUGGAUCAGAUGCGCUUCUUAGGUAGGAUGUUUGCCACUUUCCCAGGUACCAAGACAUACUUUUCCCAUCUCGACAUCAGUCCGGACUCCUCUCACCUGCUCUCUCACGGGAAGAAGAUCGUUCUGGCCAUAGCAGAAGGAGCCAAAGACAUCAGCCAGCUGACCGUCACCCUGGCUCCUCUGCAAACCCUGCACGCCUACCAGCUCCGGAUAGACCCGACCAACUUCAAGCUUUUCUCACACUGUAUGCUCGUCACCCUGGCCUGUCACAUGGGCGAAGACUUCACGCCGGUUGCACACGCAGCAAUGGACAAGUACCUGUCAGCUUUCGCAGCCGUGCUCGCAGAGAAAUACAGAUGAGACCCAGCCACGUGUUUUUAGGAAGUAUAUGAACCAUUUAUGAUGCAGUAUGAUAUGAAAUAUUUAUGUAUGUGUGGUUGUUAUAGUGCAAUGUUUUGUAUAAAUAAAAGCGUGCAAUGAACAUCUUACCUGUUGUCAUGUUGUAUUAUCAUAUAAAGUCUUAAAGGACUAAACCUGUGGUUUUGCAUGUUUUAUCCCAUUAAUUACAGAUGGUCUACUGCUGACCAUUUUCAAAGUGUACCAGAAGUUAUUAUAUUGCUUGUGGUCAGCCAUUGCUUUAAAAAAAAUGUAUUCAAGGAUGAAAACUUUCAGACUUAAAACUUCCAUUACAGUGAACUCUCAGUAACCUUUAUUAUUUUUGUUGUCAAAGUAACAUUUAUGUGGUAAUGCAGUUGUAAAUGAGGACUCUUAAAAUCUAUUUGAUGCUGGUGCACUUCAGUGUUUGUGGGAAACUCUGACAUCAGAUGUUUAAGAGUCAGCAGCUGAACAGCAACAUCAAUAAAAGAAACUACCAAAUGUAUGCUGUUUGAUUUUGUUCUGGGUUUGAUUGCAUAUGCAAUGCUAAUCAGUGCACUGUCUUGAACGGGGCAACAAAAUUCACUCUGAUUGCAGCUGCAUUACAACAUCAUGAUGACUAAUCUAACUCAAACUCAUUUUAAAUCUCUGCAAGUUUAUUUUCAUAAUAUACUGGCAUGAAUUGAAACCAAUGGCACCCUGAAACAGGGAAAUUAACCUAUGCACUUACAGUAGGCUAUCCUGAAAACUGUGCUGAAGCACACACACACACACACACACACACACACACACACACACACACACACACACACACACACACAUAUAAAUAUAUAUAUAUGGUAAAAUUAUAUUUUGGUUUGACUUUUUUCCCCACAAACUCUCAGAAACAGAUGCAAAAUUCUAAAUAAAAAAUUGUACUGACACACUGCUUUAGUGAUGAAAUUGUUUUGUCAAUUGCUGUUUCCAAAGUAAAUAAUGAAUAAUAAAAUAAUAACUUUGAUCCUCAGCCUUUUAUCAUUAAGUAUACAUUUUAAAAGCUCAUUGCGAAAACGUGCAGUCUAGCAAAUCUAGUUUUUUGUUUUUUUACUGACAAUAAACCGCUUUUACACUCCAGCCCAGUGAGUGGCGGUAAUGCACUGAUAAGUCUUGCUACCGCCAAUAAAUACUGAGAAGAAGAAGCUGCCGUAGAAGAAGAAACCAUACCUACUUAACCAACUGUUUUGAUUUUAAAAAUAAUGAAUAAAUAUCUAUAACUUCUACAUAAGCGCAUUUGCUACGUAUUUCUAUUCGUAUGUACUACUACCAAUUUAUAGUACGUGUUCAAAUGAGUCUAAUAUAGCGUUGUCUUCGUGUUUAGGUGUACUUUUCCAAGUUUUGAUUGAUAAUUACAGUGUUGUUAGCUUGUUUGGGAAUUGUAGCUAGUAGGUUAGCUAGUUAGCAUACGUCUUUUCGAGGUUUACCAGGAUGGUGAUGACAUGUACUUUCCCGGGUUGUAAAAGCACCACGAAGCUGUUGUCUUUCCCGACCGACCGUGUGCGGGCUCUCCGGUGGCUGCAGAUCUUCGGCCUGGCGGAGGAUUCUCGGACCUCCAAGCUAAAAGUCUGCGCCCCCCACUUCUCCCCGGAGUGCUUCACCAACUACACCCAGGCCCAGAUGGGCUUUGCCGUCCGGCUUCACCUGACCGAAGAUGCGCUUCCAAAUCCACCACAGGGUCGGCAGUCCAAAAUCCUUAAAGAUGUGGGUUGCCAGACAGAGGGGAGGACCGCGGAUGCGUUUUGUCGAGCAGAGCCAUGUGUAAGCCAUGUCAAGUGCCAAACCGCUCAGAUCGGCAAGCAUAAUGUCUCAACACAAACUAACAGGAAGCCCUUCAAGAGAAGUAAAGGUGAGAUGUACAGUCAGGGUUUAACAUCAGCUUAGCUCUUAAAGACACCAGUGUCGGGCACCAGAAAACUGAACACCCUCUGCUUUGACUCAAAUAAGGCAAAAAUCUGUUAGUACUAUUUUGGAUAAUUCAUUCAAAAACUGAAGUAAGAUUGAUAUUCUGCUUUUAAUUCAAACAAGUGUGUUUCUAAUGCUAUCUCAUUGUGACUGAAGCCAAUUUUGAGUCCUUGAAAAUCACCAAACAAACAAUAAAUUAAAUUCAUUACUCAAGUGAGUGUGGGACCUCUGUAUUAAUGUUGCUCUUUUUGUAUAAUCUCAGCAUAUCAUUUGUGUUGUUUAUUCACAGCUAUACAGGCCAGGGCCCUACACAGGAGUGUUGAAUGUGACACAGGAGUGUUGAAUGUGACACAUCUACACUUAAGUUUCCUCUUGAUUUUGUAACCGCAAAAGGCAAACCAGUCAAGAGGUUGAGAUACGACCCAUGCUCGUAUCCCGAUGAUGACUCAAACAACUAUAAUAAUAAGGCUGAGAGUACCACAGCUGCUGACCGGUACCUAAAUAGACAGUAGACAAUUUUGUUUCAUGUUGGUAUGUAAUCAUUUUUCCCAUAUCCAGAAUAUGAACAUCAGGUAUGAUUUAUUUGCUCUUUUCUAUAUUUGCUUGUUAAAGCCCGGAGUCAUAUCAGGAGCCUCUGGAGUCCGAGCCAGAGGAGUUGUCUGUGGAGUCGGAGUCAGAAGAGCCGUCUGUGGAAUCAGAGACAAUAAAGUUAGAGCCAGAAGAAUAUGAGGAACCUCUGAGCUAAAUUAUGGUGCCAGAAGACCUGCCUGUGCUGCAGACAGACUCAAGAAACUCAAGACAAGCAUGGGCUGUUCAUGACUGUGGUGUCUCAUGGACGAUGAACACUCCGGUGAAAGAUGUCCUUUCCCUGUAAACCCAGACAGCAGGUCUUUGCAGUGAUGGCGUGUUCGAACACCCAAAGAACAACCCUUAAUCAUCAAGAGCGCCAACAAGUGAAAGUCGGUCGGGUCACGUAUGUCAACAUGUUUUUUGAAGAAGUGGAAAAAAUCAAUUUUGAGUCAUAAUGCCAGGUUUUUGACUAUUUUCUUUCUUUAAAUUUUUGACAAUUUAAAUAUAACAGCAGUGAUUAAAAAAUGAGAAGGCUACAAUGCAAGUAGUCAUAUUGGAAAUGUGUGAAGUAUCUGCACAUCCACAUCUUGUUGCUACCACACAGUUUCGAGUCUGUGGGAUUUUUGGCAAAUUGCUAAAGUCAGGAGUAAGCUUGCAGUGUCAUAUCAUUUUUUAAUCUAUGUUUGCCGUCGUAUUUGUAGUAUUCCUUAAACACGGAAAAUCCGCAGAAGGCAUCUGUGGUCACUUUCCAAAUUGUUUCACUUAAAAGAAAUUUAAAUGGAUAUGUUACUAUUUCAGUCAAAAUCCACCUUAAAACUGUCACAUCUGGUGCUACAUGCUUUUUUUAAAUAGAAUAUUUCUAUACACUGUUGUGCCAAGAAAAAUAUUUAAUUCAGUCAGCGUGCACAUUGUUUGAUGUCUUGUUAGAUCUGUAGUACCACACAUCAUCUUUCAAUUCCAAAUUUUUACUUAACUUCAAAGCCCUGCACAAAUUUUGACGAUAUCUGUUCUCUGAAAAAUUCCCCCAUAACGUUUUCUUCUUCUGCAUUACAUAAACAAGUAGAAGUCUACAGUUUCUUAAUUAGCCUAUUUAAUGUUUCAGUAGUAAAUAGGGAGCGGUCUGUGGUGCUGAAAUACACCUGCACUGAAUACAGAGCUGUCUGGUGCUGAAAGUAGCCUCCUUUAGUGAACUGGAGCUGUCCCUGGUGCUGAAACACAUGUUAAAUUAAUUCGGAGCUGUCUCUGGUGCUGAAAUGAACAGUGAAUGUGAUGCCCUUGGUAAAGUGGCAUUCUUUUGACAACUAUGGGAUCUUAUUUCCUAGUUGCUCCAUUAAGAACUCCUCACCAUUGUGAGUUGAGUCUGUCUAGAUAAUUCAGAGAAUUACAAGAUUAGAAACCAUAGACAUCACUGAAGUCAAAUACAAAAUCAUGUGCUGUGAUUUAGUAGGUCUACAUUAUUUUGAUUCUGUGAUGGCAUGAUUAGACUUUCAAAUACACAUUAAUGAAGAAGAUGAAGUGCCAAGACGUCUCAUAAGACACAUACAAAUGGGGCCACCUGCUGGAUGUAACAAGCAGUUGCAUGGUGAUUCUCGAGCACUGCUACAGAGGCUUGUCUGAGUGUUCAAAUUCUGUCAGGAAUUUGGAAAUAAAAAAUCUCAUCCAGAAUCUAUGGUAGCUGACCCGAGUGGUGAGAGAGGCCACCGCUGAGGUGGUUCAUCCUAUCAGCUGUAGGUAUACGUGUGUGCCAUUAUUUCUGUCUUUGAGCUAAAAUAAAAAUAUUGUAUAAAACCUU